AGUUUUAUUGCGGGUGGGCCGCAGUGGCUAUGGCGAGCUACGUCGCCCCGCUGUUUGUGCAGGUCUUCCCUCCCAAAAUGUUCGUAGAGAGGCUAGAGGCUAAGCUGGCGAUCCAUUUCCAGUCCCCGAAGAAAUCCGGUGGCGGCGAAUGCGACGUGCGAUCGGAAGACCGUGAACGGGGCAUCUAUUCCGUGCGGUUCCGGUCGGAAGAAGUGAAGAACCGAGUGAAGGCCCAUCAUGGCCAUGCUGUAGAAGUUGGGGGAAUUACGCUGGAGAUAAGAAUUUUGCCAGAUUCAGAGAUGACCCUGGUGGAUGCUGCAGAAACAGUGUUUACAAACAAUUUCAAAGGCUUGGUUUCAGCUUCACUUUCUUCUUCCAACUCGUUGCCUGUUCAGAAUUAUUUUAAAAACAAGCAAGAGGAAAUCUAUGCAGCUGAUCAUAAAAGUGUUACGAAAAAGGUAUUUCUUGAGGUGUCUGCCACCCUGAAUACUGACUUGCUCAGCAGAGAGGAGAGAGAUCAAGUGACUGCUGUAUGUCCCACCUUAAAAAUAGACAGAUGCUCAAGUCACCUUGGUGUUGAAAAGGUGGUGGGAGACUAUGACGAUAUUGAAAAGUUACACCAUCAUUUUGAGAAACUCCUUGGAGGUCGCCGCAGCAGUGAAUUUUCACAACCUAAAAAGCAGGACAAUUGGGGUGAAGGAAAGGGAGAACACAACAGAGGAUACAGGAAAGAUUUAGAAGAACUGGCCAGCAUGGAAGUUCCUUCAGGUAUUUUUGAAUAUUUUAGACAAGCCUACAGGAAAGAAAUUGAAGAACUAGAGGAGAAGUUCAGUGUAAAGCUAAUCAGAAGCAACACUGAGAAUGGAAUGACGUCUGUCCGAUUUGCUUCAGUAGGGAUAUCAAGCUUUAUGAACAGAGCUCAGCAGGAUUUUGUCUCGCUUUUCCAGAAAGUAGCAGGAGAUCUAAAGCAGGAAACAGUUCCUUUCCUUGAGAGCCAUGCAUAUGAGAUGAUAAAAAGCAAAUGCAAAAACAUUAUUAUUAAAAAAUACAAGGAUACAGUGAUUCUUCAAGGCCCCUCAAAGGAAGUUUCAGCUGCAAAGGCACUGUUAGAAGAAAUGGCAGCAAAGAACCGGAAUAAAGUAAAUGAUCCCCACUUACAGGCAAGUGGCAUUGAAGUUGACUCUGCUACGUUUGAAUUUCUGAAACCAGAGUUAAGGCAAGAAAUUGAAAUUAUAAACCUUACGUAUUGUACUAGAAUGGAGGUAAGAAACUGCCAAGGUGGUCAGUUAACACGCAUCAUUUUUAUGCCCCAGUCACCUGCAUUGUCAGACAAGUCUUCAGAAGCUUAUGAGAGUUUCCAGUAUACAUAUCUGAAGAUGUUAGAACAGCCAUAUAAAAAAGAAAUUCCCUUGAAACUUCUGGCAGAUCAGAAAAGAAAAUUGAAGGAAAUAUUUCCGUAUUUCCAAAAUGAAUAUCCCAGAGUAACGCUGUCUCUGAAUGAAAAUUACCUGAGCCUUUGUGGUCCUCCUGAACAUAUAUGUUCUGCUGAGAAGCUCAUCAUGAAGUCUCUGAAUAGUGAGGAAUUUGUAGUUGUAAAUAGUGAAACAACAACCAUUCCUAGUUCCAGUGCUGAGGCUGAUACAAGUGCAUCCUUUGAGCCACAAAGUCAUCACAAAAUGCAGCCAGUUCCUUCUCUGGAGCAGCCAAUAGUGAAGGCAACGGAAGUCAAACCAGAAGAGGAAUGUUCCAUCUGCCUGGAUAAAAUCCACCAGAAGACAGUGCUAUCCAAUUGCAAGCAUGCAUUUUGUGCAAACUGCAUAGGAGAGGCAAUGAAACGCAAACCAGUCUGCCCUGUGUGCAACCUAGUCUAUGGGAAGGUCAAAGGAAAUCAGCCCCCAGGGAGAAUGGAGGUCAUCAAAAUCAGAAGUUCCCUUCCUGGUUUUCCAGACUCUGGAACCAUCAGUAUUACCUACAGUAUACCUGAAGGCAUUCAGACAGCACACCAUCCUCACCCAGGGAAACGUUACCCUGGAACGUGCCGUACAGCAUACUUACCUGACAACAAGGAAGGAAGAGAAAUUUUGAAGCUGCUGCGACGGGCCUUUGAGCAAGCUUUGAUUUUCACAGUGGGCCAGUCACGAACAACUGGCAUGACUGAUGUCAUUACCUGGAAUGACAUUCAUCACAAAACUAGUAUUUUUGGAGGACAAAGAAAUUUUGGCUACCCUGAUCCUCAUUAUCUGAAACGUGUUAGAGAAGAGCUGAAGGCAAAAGGAAUUGAAUGAGUAUUUUUAUGUCAAUCAGCAGUCCAGAGUUUCUAGCUUGUCUAAAUAUAUAUCAUUUUAAUUUAGCAGAUGGUGGCGGAGGAGGAAUAAUAAGAAUUAGCGUUGGCAGAAUUCCUUGUUACCUAGUAUGAAAUGAUGAAAAUCAGAAUAUUUGUUGAAUUAAUGGUGUUACAUUUAGGAUUACAGAUGCAAGUUGAAAGAAUUGUUAAUACUUUUGACUGAAGCUGCAAUCCAAAAAUAUUACAUAGAACCAAACCUGUAUUAAUUUCUUCACUGCAGUUAUGUUAACAUCAAAGGAGCCUAGAUACGAGUAGAUGCAUAGAUAGUGAGCCUCUGUGAUUACACCAUUUGACAUCUUUUGAGUCCCAACUGGUAAUUUCCAUUUACAUGACUGCUGCCUGUGCCUUUGGCAAGUUACAAAUCUUCAAAAUUAAGACAGCUGUUAUUGUGUACUUUUACAUUUUAGUGGAGCCCAGAUUGGAUUACAGUUUGAUAUCCGUAAUACGGAAAAAUGAUCUUAAAACAGGAUAGUGGCUGAGAAGAGUUGGACAUUAUUGGUGCUUCCCCUAUGUUGCCCCAUUGAUUUCCCAUCACGUAUUCCAAGACAUGAUCUAAAUAGUGGGAGUAGCUAUAUGAUCCUAGCAAACUGAAGAAGGAUGCUUGCUUGCUGGGAUGUCUAAUGCUUCAGAGAAGUUUGCAUAUUCUUAGUUGAUUAAGUUUAUGCCCCAGUUUCAGUAAACACAAGAGCCUGUAUUCUGCUGCUUGGACACUUCUUGAAGAAAGUCGUAAAACUACAUCACCGUCUUCUUACCAUUUUUAAUGCAAUUUCUUUACUGUCCUCCCAUUUGAGUGGCUGAAAAGUAAUACUGUAUUGUAUACUCCCGAAGGAAGUGGGCAUUGAAUUUAAGAUGGUGCCCUGCCUCCCCCCACAAGGAAGAAUGGAUGAUAAAUAAAUCAGGGCAGGUUAAAAUCUUGCCCAAUGCCGUGCUUCUCUACUUUGUCAACUUAAAGUUGCCAACUGCAGCUGCAACCAGUCUUGGAGAUGCCCCCCCUCCCCAUGUAUACCUUCCAGAAACCACAUUCCAAAACGAGUAGGCCCAGGAGAAAAUGAAUCAAUAUUUGAAUUAGUGACUAUCAAAACCCAUUUCAUAUAGAGGUACUAGUUCCUAAACCUCUACUAAACUUUCACACACACGAGCCCCUGUGGUUUUCAGUGGCAUUUUCUAACGCGAGACAAUCCCCCCUCCUCAUUCACAGGUCCUUAUUUGGGAGAAACAAUUGAUUUUUUAUAUGUUGAGCAGGCUUUUCAGAGAGCAGUGGCUUGCAAGCACACUUGAUUUCCAGUUUCAGGUGAUGACAUGAUAUACCACUAAUUUGUUUUGUUUCAGCCAAUAUAUAUUAGAAGAGGACUGUUCCAUGGCAGAUUGUGAAACAGGACUUACAAGUAAUAAAAACUUGAUUCUA